CCAUCUUUGAGCGCUUUGAGCCAGCCGGCGGCGCUGCGAAGUGGAGACGUUCGGUCGUUGUUAGUGAUCCUGUGGCGCGCUUACGGGGCCCGGACCUUAAAGAUAGCCACAAUGGCUGAAAACGGUGAUAAUGAAAAAAUGGCUGCCCUGGAAGCCAAAAUCUGUCAUCAAAUCGAGUAUUAUUUUGGAGACUUCAAUUUGCCACGAGACAAAUUUUUAAAGGAACAGAUCAAAUUGGAUGAAGGCUGGGUACCUUUGGAAAUAAUGAUAAAAUUCAACAGGUUAAACCGCCUAACAACAGAUUUUAAUGUAAUAGUGAAAGCUUUGAGCAAAUCUAAGGCAGAACUUAUGGAAAUCAGUGAAGACAAAACUAAAAUCAGAAGAUCUCCAAGCAAACCCCUCCCAGAAGUGACCGAUGAGUAUAAAAAUGAUGUAAAAAACAGAUCUGUUUAUAUUAAAGGCUUCCCAACUGAUGCAACCCUUGAUGACAUAAAAGAAUGGCUAGAAGAUAAAGGUCAAGUGCUGAAUAUUCAAAUGAGAAGAACAUUGCACAAAGCUUUUAAGGGAUCAAUAUUUGCUGUGUUUGAUAGCAUUGACUCUGCUAAGAAGUUUGUAGAGACCCCUGGACAAAAGUACAAAGACACAGAUCUGUUAAUACUUUUUAAGGAAGAUUACUUUGCAAAAAAAAAUGAAGAAAGAAAGCAAAAUAAAGUAGAAGCUAAGUUAAGAGCUAAACAAGAGCAAGAAGAAAAACAAAAGUUAGCAGAAGAUGCUGAAAUGAAAUCUCUAGAAGAAAAGAUUGGAUGUUUGCUGAAAUUUUCAGGUGACUUAGAUGAUCAGACCUGUAGAGAAGAUCUGCACAUCCUCUUUUCAAGUCACGGUGAAAUAAAAUGGAUAGACUUUGUCAGAGGAGCAAAAGAGGGAAUUAUUCUCUUUAAAGAAAAAGCCAAGGAAGCACUGGAGAAAGCCAAAGAUGCAAACAAUGGUAACCUACAGUUAAGGAACAAAGAAGUGACUUGGGAAGUACUCGAAGGAGAGGUGGAAAAAACAGCUUUGAAAAAAAUCAUAGAGGACCAACAGGAAUCCCUAAACAAAUGGAAGUCGAAAGGUCGCAGAUUUAAAGGAAAAGGAAAGGGUAAUAAAGCUGCCCAGCCUGGGUCUAAAGGAAAAGUACAGUUUCAGGGCAAAAAAACGAAAUUUGAUAGUGAUGAUGACCGUGAUGAAAAUGGUGCAGCAGGAACAGUGAAAAGAGCAAGAGAAGAGACAGACAAAGAAGAGCCUGCAUCAAAGCAACAGAAAACAGAAAAUGGUGCCGGAGACCAGUAAUUUAGUAAAUACAUUUUUU